UAAACCCUUUGCAAAAUGAAACCUUUACACUAUUCAGUAAGUAUAGGGCAGCCACCAUCCUGCCAAAACCCCAAACCCCAUCGCUAUGCAGCACAGUCUCCUCCUCCGCCACCUCCGUCAUGACCACCACCACUUCCGCCACUACCACCCGUCCACCACCACCACCACCUCUUCCUCCGUCGUCUCCUCCAUCAACUGGGUCCGCGACAGAGCACUCGAUCACGCCGUCGAGAAAGAACGCGACCUUAAACCCAUGAUCAACCUCAAAAACCUCAUCAAUUCCGAACCCUCAAAGUCUCUCCCUCUCAACAUCAUCUCCAAUCAACGUUCGUCAUUAGGUAUCCCCACUCGCCCCAUUGAUUUCAUUCGCAAAUACCCUUCAAUCAUUCAAGAGUUUCUUCCGGGUGGCAUUGGUAUCCACCCACAUGUCAAACUCACCCCUGAAACCCUCGCCCUUGAUGCUGAAGAACAGCUUCUAUUUGAUAGUGACAUUCAUAAGAAAGAUGUAGCCAAUAGGUUAUUGAAGUUGUUAAUGUUAGGUAGAGUUAAUCGAAUCCCCCUUUCGGUUAUCGAUCGGUUGAAAUGGGAUUUAGGUUUGCCUAAUGAUUAUGUUGAAACUCUUGUCCCCGAGUAUCCUGAUUACUUUCGUGUUGUUCGUAAUAGUAAUUGGGAUGAUCUUGAAUUGGUUUGUUGGAGUGAUGAGUUGGCGGUGUCGGUUAUGGAAGCUAAUUCGGUUAGUGAGUUUCCGUUGAAGUAUUCGAGAGGGUUUGAGGUGGAUAAGAAGUUUAAGAAGUGGGUUGACGAGUGGCAGAAGUUGCCAUACGUUUCGCCUUAUGAGAAUAUGUCGAGUUUGAAAAGUGAGGAAGCGGAGAAGUGGGUUGUCGGGUUGAUGCACGAGGUGCUUCAUAUUUUGGUGCCGAAGAAGACGGAGAAGGAUAAUUUGUUGGUUUUUGGGGAGUAUUUGGGGGUUAGGUCGCGGUUUAAGAAGGCGUUGUUGGAGCAUCCGGGGAUUUUUUAUGUUUCGAGUAAGUUGCGUACGCAUACGGUGGUUUUGAGAGAGGGGUAUAAGAGGGAUUUGCUUGUGGAGCGGGUUCAACAUCCGGUGAUGAAGUUGAGGUCUAGUUAUAUUCAUUUGAUGAAUAUGGUUAAGGAGAAAAGUAAGUCGAAGGAUGCGGAAGUUGGAGAGAAAAAGCAAAAGAGGACCCGGGAUUUGGAUGUAGACGAUGAUGAUGAUGAUGAUGAUGAUGAUGAGUUGAGUGAUGAUGUAAGCGAGGAGGAAGAAGACAAUGAUGAAACCGAAGGUGUUAUUGACGGUGAUGAUGAUGGUGAUAGUGAAAGUGAGGAUCUUGAAGAAAAGCAAAGAAUACCCACGAAGCGAACGAAUCUUGAAGGUCGAAAGAUUGCGGAUCUGAGAAGCAGGAGGCGUAGAAGCGAUGAUAAUAGUGAAAGUGAGGAUCUUGAAGAAAAGCAUAGAAUACCCACGAAGCGAACGAAUCUUGAAGGGCGAAAGAUUCCGGAUCAGAGAAGCAGGAGGCGUAGAAGCGAUGAUAAUAGUGAAAGUGAGGAUCUUGAAGAAAAGCAAAGAAUACCCACCAAGCGAACGCCUUUUGAAGUGCGAAAGAAUCCGGUUCAUCGAAGCAGGACGCGUAGAAGUAAUGAAAAUCGGGAAAGCGAGGAUCUUGAAAAUGGGAAUACGACGAUUAGAGGAAGAACUAGUAGGACAGAGAGGUUUCAUGAUUCAAAUAGAAGAAACACUUCAAAUUCAAGGGUUAAUGAUAAUGAUGGAAGAAGAGGCAGGGGAAACGAUAGGAAAUACGCGUUAGAUGAAAGGUAUUCAAGAACCAAUCGGGUGCCUGAUAGAAGGGAUGCGAAGGAAACAAACCCUCGAAGAUUUCUCAGAACAGAGUCCCCUGGUGCUCUAGCAUCACGUGACAGAUCAUCAGAGAGAUCAAAUGGUUCAAGAACGAGAGAGGGGCGAUCAUCAGAGAAACCGGGUGCUUCGAGAACGAGAGAGGGGCGAUCAUCAGAGAGACCGGGUGUUUCGAGAACGAGAGAGGGGCGAUCAUCAGAGAGAUCGGGUGCUUCGAGAACGAGAGAGGGGCGAUCAUCAGAGAGAUCGCGUGUUUCAAGAACGCGAGAGGGGUGAUUCUAAACUGGCCCCAGCCGUAUGCAUCAUUGUUGAAUACAGAACCAGCAGUUGACUAUCUUUGGUCAAAAUAAUAGCCACCGCCUGCCUGCCUUUGGAUAUUAAAUCUGAUUAAUCUGCAUCAGUUAUAUAAAUCAAGUGAUCUUUGACUAGUGGAACAUUAUUUGUUUGACUUUUAGCCUGAUAAGAUUUUACUGUUUUUG